CAUGUUCUUACUUGUAAGUGGGAGCUAAACAUUGGGUACACAUUGACAUAAAGAUGGGAACAACAGACACUGGGGACAACUAGAGUGGGGAGGGCGAGGCUGGGGGAAAUGGCUGAAAAACUACUUCUUGGAUACUAUGCUCACUACUUGGGUUGCAGACUCAUGUGUACACCAAACCUUAGCAUUUGUACUCCAAAUUUUGUAAUAAACUUGCACACGUACCUUAUUCUAAAAUAAAAGUUGAAGAAAAAUAAAAUUAUUUAAAUUUUUUUCUGACAUCUCCCUCCAACAUUUUUCUUGGUUUGUGGCUUAUCUUAUGAUUCUAUUAUCUCACAGAAGUCUUUCAAUUUGUGUGGCAAAUUCUGCACAUAUUUUUCUUCAUGGUUUCUUAGAAAGUGUUUGUGUUUUUCAAGUCUGGUCCUAUCCAAAUAUCACAAAAAUUUUAACUUAUUUUUUCUUUUUGUAUUGCUUUAAUUUUAAUAUUUUAUUUCUGAAUCCAAAUAGUUUGGCCUUUAGUGUAGGAUAGCUAAGGCUUUACUUUUAAACUCAACAAAAGUCUGUUGCUUCUUAAUAGGCCAAAUUAAGUUUGAUUCCUGAAAACCACUUCACACUUUUGAAGUAUAUGUUAUAAUUAAAUAUGUGGUAUUUUAAAUAGUUAGUGGUAGAGUUUUCCACAUAAGGAUAGUUCUAACAGUAUAUACAGUCAUUUCCUAACAGUAUAUUUAUAGCCAGUUAGUAAAAUCCACAUGAACUCUAACAUCCUUACAUCAGAACUAGCCAAGAGGGCUUUAAUAGUAUUAUACUUUAUUAAAAAGCGGUACUGUGGAAAGAGGAUUUGGAAAAUAACUAACUUGGUUUAAAUUGCAACCAAUUAAUAACAAUAAAUAUAUGCAUUUAUUGUUAAUCAGAACAAGCUGGAUAGCAAAGAGCUAGAAAUACUCAACUAGGUGUCAGUUUUAACAUGACCCUCUUCUACAAGAUUUGAUGUCAUAGACCCAACAAAAAUGUGUUCUUUCUUCUUGUGCCAAACAGGUAAACAGGCAAAAGUAUCAAUGGGAGAAGAAAACCAAACCUUUGUGUCCAAGUUUAUCUUCCUGGGCCUUUCACAGGACUUGCAGACCCAGAUCCUGCUAUUUAUCCUUUUCUUCAUCAUUCAUCUGCUGACUGUGCUUGGAAACCUGCUCAUCAUCACUCUCAUCUUCCUGGAUUCUCACCUUCACACUCCCAUGUGUUUUUUUCUUAGAAAUCUCUCCUUUGCAGAUCUCUGUUUCUCUACUAGCAUUGUCUCUCAAGUGUUGGUUCACUUCCUGGUAAAGAGGAAAACCAUUUCUUUUUAUGGGUGUAUGACACAGAUAAUUGUCUUUCUUCUGGUUGGGUGUACAGAGUGUGCGCUGCUGGCCGUGAUGUCCUAUGACCGGUAUGUGGCUGUCUGUAAGCCCUUGCGCUACUCCACUAUGAUGACCCAAUGGGUGUGUCCCUGGCUGUCCUUCGGGUCCUGGGCCAGUGGGGCACUAGUGUCUUUAGUAGAUACCAGCUUUACUUUCCAUCUUCCCUACUGGGGACAGAAUAUAAUCAAUCACUACUUUUGCAAACCUCCUGCCCUCCUUAAGCUGGCUUCCGCAGACACUUACAACACAGCAAUGGCCAUCUUAAUGGGCGUGGUAAUUCUCCUGGCCCCUGUCUCCCUGAUUCUUGUUUCUCAUUGGAAUAUUAUCUCCACUGUUAUCCAGAUGCAGUCUGGGGAAGGAAGGCUGAAGGCUUUUUCCACCUGUGGCUCCCAUCUUAUUGUUGUUGUCCUCUUCCGUGGGUCAGGAAUAUUCACCUACAUGCGACCAAACUCGAAGACUGCAAAAGAACGGGAUAAAAUGGUAUCUGUGUUCUAUACAGUGGUGACUCCAAUGUUGAACCCCAUAAUUUAUAGCCUGAGGAACAAAGAUGUCAAAGGGGCUCUCAGGAAACUAGCUGAGAGAAAGUCCUUCUCUCAUAGGCAGUAACCUCUGAGUCUGACUUUUAGAGCUAUGGUAACAUCCUUUAAAAAGGAGCAAGAUUUUAGUAGUCAAUUAUGAAUUAGGUUAUUUCAGGAAGAAGUGUGAAAAUGAACAUGUUCUAAAAACUGAAUACUACAAUCUAAACAAGAACAUAGGAAAAAAAUAAAAGCAUGAAAAGUUAGGUCAUUUCCUGAUUGUAAAAGGUGUUGGGUGUUACUGUGAGGAGUUUGGAGUUAAUUCAGCUGCCAUGGGCAUGUUUUAAGCACAGUCACAAUUGAAUCUAGGAGGUUUCAACCAGAUUAUUCUGAAAUAACAGCUAAUACAAAUUGCAAGCAUAAUUCUAACAUCAAAGACAUCUCAAGUUUGUAUGUCUUCGGCAUACAAACCUUAGAAUAGGCUCUGAUUAAAACAAUUAA